GCCUUGAGAAGCGUCUUUGCGCCACGUCCUUGCCCAGCAGUUACUUAGAUAUCGGCGAAGGUAGCCACGAUGGCCGAUGCGGGUAAAAAGACCCUCUACCCCUCAACCCUAAGAUACAGAGAACGAAUAGAUAUGUCUGGGGAAGAUGCGUUUACAUACAACAAGCUUUACACUGCAACGCAAGGGUUUGAUGUAUGGACACGCCUUACUACAGACGCUGAAAUUCGGCAGAGCACUACUCGCGAAGCUGGCCCUUACCAGGAGGGCAAGGCGCAGGUGACUGCCAGUCCUAAGAACAGCGGGUUUGACAGCAACACCUGCCCCGCGGAGUACACGCACACCACCUUCAAGUCCGGCCUGCUUCCGCAGCCCGGGCAGCCCAUCGAGCAGCAGCACAAGAUCACCGCCCGCCGCUUCAAGCAGCACUACCCGCUGGACUUCAUGUCGCAAAUCCGCCCGGAAACAGAGACCACAAACCAGGCCAUGCGGAUGCUGGGGACCUACACCUCCGACCAGGCGCACGCGGACCGCAUGGGCAUCUUCAUCCCGCAGGGCUGCCCCGGCGGCAAGCCCGCGUACCACCCAGACGUCACCACGGGGGGAUUCGGCCUCGCACCCACGCUCCCGCGGAAGGGAGUGGGCAAGAC